AUGCAAAAUCAAGAAAGAGGUCCUGAACCAGGUGGUCCAUUGUGGAAUAAUUCUUGGAAUUCAUCUGCAAACGAUGGUGAUAACGAGUCAUUCGUUUCAGAUUCAAUAACACCAUCACAAAGUGCCUCUAAUAUUCCUCCCCAAUCACCACCUCAUAUGAUUGGAUCAGGUUAUGUUACUCCAAUUUCAGAGAUUCAUCCUGAUGAAUCAGCAUCAGUAAUCGAUGAUGGCUCUGCAUUAUCUUUCCCUCGUUGUCAUGAAGAAAACUUCUUUACUUUCAAAUUCAAAGCUCCAAAUGGUAAGUCGCAUCGGUUUACUGUCGAUUACACAAGCUUUGAAAAUAUUUUUUCAACUGUGACAUCCAAGCUUCCAUCGACCAUCAAGGAUUUCAGCAUUUCUUAUAUGGAUGAAGACAAUGAUUGUGUUACAAUUUCUUCAGAUGAUGAUGUUUUUGAUGCUGUUCGUAUAGCACAACAACAAGGUCAAACUACUGAUGCAAGUAAAAUCGGUAAUGGUCUUUUAGAUGUUAUUGCUUUACGUAUAUUAAAAAAUGUAAAAGAUAAAGACCAUGCUAAAAUCAUUAAAAUCAUAUUCAUUAAAUGA